AUGUCCGGGUCAUCUCCGAUCUCUACGCCCACCGCUUUACCGCCGGCGGCGGCAGAGAGGGAAGGUCCUUCUGCCACCGAUCAGCAGCACCAGCACCAGCACCAGCACGCUCACCCGUACCACCUCGAGCUCACGCCGCAGCAGCAGCAUGACGCCGACCAGGCGGCCAUCAAGGCGGCGGCGGCGGCCGUAGAAGCGGUCCACCGCGCUGCCGCCGCGCCUCCAUCGAUGUAUGGGACAGAGGACGAUGAAGAGGAUGAUGAUGAUAUCCCGGGGCUGGAGGACAAGAGGGCGAAGCGGGGCUUCAGCAAGCGGGUUACCCUGCGGGACCUGGAGCGCUACUUCGAGUACCCGAUCGAGGAAGUCAGCAAGAUGAUGGGCGUGUCCACGACGAUCAUCAAGAGGCUGUGCCGCAAGUACGGCAUCAAGCGAUGGCCCUACCGCCAGAUUCGGAGCGUGAACAAGUCGAUCAAGUACGUCGAGCUCCUCGCCCGCACGGCGCAGGGGGUCGACAGACAGCGGCUACAAGAGCAGCUCGUCUCCCUUCACUACAAGAAGCAGCUCAUCUGCCAGGCGGCUACGACAGGAGCAUCCGCCAAGGUGCGAAAAUCCAUCCUGCAGAUGCGGCCCGAGGAACUGGACGCAGAGACGCUUCUCCGAACGGGCGGCGGUGCGAGUACCGGAGGCGGGGCAGGAACCACCGCCGCCGCCGCUGCUGCCGCUGCUGCCGCCGCCGCCGCCGCCGCCACAGAAUUCGGGGACCUAGGGAACCCCACUAGCCCGCUAGCCGCGGCGCCGGGCGUUCAGCAAGAGGAGGCGGGGUCGGCGGGGGGGGGAGAGGCCAGUGCCGGCGGGGACGGGGCAUACGGGCCGGAUAUUCAGGCGCACGGGUACCCGGGCAUGCCGGGGUACGGGGUGCCCGGGAUGGGUAGCUAUCCGAGUCUCGCAGCCGGGGGCGGCGACCCGACGUUGGCGUCGUCGUCGUUCGGUAUGAAUGGGAUGAAUGGGAUGAACGGGAUGGCGGCGAUGCAGCUCGCGGCGCAGUCGAUGCACCAGCACAGCCACGACCAAGCCGUGCAGGCUCAGGCUCAGGCUCAGGCUCAGGCCCAGGCCCAGGCCCAGGCCCAGGCUCAGGCCCAGGCUCAGGCUCAGGCUCAGGCGGCCGCCCAGGCCGGGAUGGGGAUCCACCACCCCCACCCUUACCACGACCCGAACCACCCGCAGCACCAGCAGCACAUCGACCUCAACCAGCCCCACGAGGUGCAGAGCCACCAGCUGACCUACCACCAGCACCACCUUCACCAGAGACAGAUGCAACUUCAGCAGGAGGCAGCCGCUGCCGCAACGGAGACGACCGGCGCAACCGCCAACGCCGCCGCUGCCACUGCAGCCGCCAACGCCGAGGCUUCCGGCAGUGGUAGUAGCGCACCCGCGUCGCCUGGAUCGGGAUCCAAUGGAGAGAAGGCUGCAUCACCUCCCCCCCAGGAAAACGGCCACUCGGCGUCAGUGUCAGUGUCAGUGUUUGACAGCCACCGUCCGGGGGCGGGGACCAGCCAGGCGGGCGCAUCUGCUGCUGCUGUUGCCGCCGCUGCGGCGGCCGCUGGCGCUGAUGACGCUGGCGCAGCCGCCGGUGUUGGUUGCGAAGAGCAGGGCAGUGCGGUUGAGGGUGCUGGUGGCGAUGCUGUUGCAGGGGGAGGGGAUGGUGGCGAAGGCUCGACAGAACGGGACUUUGGUGCUGACGCAAACGGAGCCGGAGGCUCUGCGUGACGAGAGCGCUGCGACCUUGUUAGUAGAUGCGUAUGUUUUUCUGUUUCCGUUCACAGCAGACAAGGAUUAUUACGGCUACAUGGCUGGUUUUUGUGGUAAGUAUCGUGUUUAUCGAAAGCAGAAGGGAGGGGAGGGGGCGGGGUCUUCCCCCGGACGAAAUGCGGCGUUGCUUUCUGAUUGGGCGUGACGGGCCCUUUGUCUUUACGCCUGUGCUGAUUCCCCUUUGUGGGGGGAGAAGCUCGCGCGUGGUGCCGACUAAAUACCUCGUCGGCUUUUGCUUUUAAGUUAGUAGGGUUGGCUUGGUGUUGCCGCCAGGUGGGGGGGGUGCUGCACCGGAUUAGGCUGCGACCGCGUGCGUGUAGAUGGUGUGCAGGACUGCAGUUUGCAGAUGUUAUACAAUAGACUUUGGAGUUGGGGUCGUUCGUCCCCGUAAGGGCAUCGUCGUCGUGUUUUUUUUGUUUUUUCUUCCACCAAAGUUGUCCGGGUACACGUGCAGCGCGGCUAUCUCGGUGGUGCUGUUCACAUCGACAUCGCCGAUACCAUGGUGUGUUCUUGGCCGCCAUAGCCGUGUGCUUCUUCGAGCUACGGCUGGGGCGUAUGUGCACGGAUUUUUUCUUGAUAGGGUGGCCUCUUUUUUUGGUUACCGUUGGGUCUUGUAUUGUACCAGGUACGGAAUAGAACGGUGGGAUACAUGGGUUGGUUUUGGUCCUCGAGACCCCUGCUGUUUUGGCGGGUCUGUUGGAUGGUCUGUUGGGUGGUCUGUUCGGUGGGCGACAAGGACGAAACUUUGUUGUCAAAACGCUUUGCAGUCCCGUGCGGAGCAAGAGGCUGCCAUUUUUGUUUUUAUUUUUUCGUUGUACCCGUGGUCCGCAGCCUGCGUCCGGGCGUGGGUCCUUCGAGGCACGUAGUGACCUGUAGCCUGCAGCUGCGCCUUUUGCUGCUGCUGGCCGGCUGUCGUUGUUGUUUUCUCCGUAUACCUUUAUUUCGGGGGAUGCUGCAAGCACAGAGAAACACGUCGGGUGAAUGAAGGCCCGUGCCAUCUGACUUCGGAGUGGCGCUGGCUGGGUGGGUGCGCUUGUGAAGCCGGAGGGGGAAGGCGUUGAGGGCCAUCGCUCGACCUUCUUGUACCCCUGGCGAACGGAGGCAGCUGAAGAGUUCGCGGUCCCUUGGGCAGAGGCUGUAGUGGAGGCUCAUCACGUGUAUCCGUUAGCGCUCUCCGCGGCACCAUGCCAGGCGAGAGGCAGACAGGAGCGGCUAAGUUAAAGGAGAGUAUCGGGAGCGAUACCAAUUCUACAUUGAGAAUGCAGUGCCGAUGGCGUGCAUCGUUCUUAGCUUGCUGGGUGUGUCUUUGAUUGCCCAACUACUACAGUACUACUCUGGGUGUGGCAAAUAUAGCCCUUGGAUGGACCCGAAUUCUCAAUUGUGUUUUGUAGGUCGUCUCAGAGUGCGUUUUAUCUUUUCAUGUUCACGGCAAUUUUGUUGUAGGUAUGUGAGUGAGUGGCCACUUUGCUCCCACCCGUAGUAGUUGCUCCUCCCCAAUAGUCUAGAGUGUUUCUGUUAUUCGCCGUUCAGGUUCCCGGCACAAGCUAGCAGUUGGGUGCAUCGUUGGUUAUUGGCGCGGGAAAACAUUUGUUCGGAAAGCUGUUUCUUAUCACCACAGAAAAUGGAAUGUAGAAUGGUGUUUUUUUUUGUCGUUUUGUUUGUGGUUCUGCAAGUUGAAAAAGUGUCAAUGUU